UUUCAGACAUUAUGAUUGUUGUCGGCCUAUGCGAUAUUGCCGCUCCAUCAGUAGUACCCUACCAUAUUCCGCUUCAAAUGGGGAUAUAUAAGGAUCAAGGCUGUCUGUAAUGGCAUCAAUGUCGAUGAAAAGGAACUUGCCUUCCAAUUAUUCAAUUACUUUCCACCCUAUCUCCUAUAGACCAUGGCAUCCACCGAAGGCUCAGUCCUCGUAACCGGAGCAAACGGCGGUCUCGCAUCCGACAUCGUAAAGCGGAUCCUCUCCUCACCGUCCCACGCGCAAGACUACCACGGGCUAUACACCGUCCGCAAGGUCGAGAGCGCCGACGUCGUGAAGAAAGUCCUCCGCAGCGCGGACAAGUGCCAGCACCACUACGAUCUCAUCGCCCUCGACCUAUCGAGUCUGGAAAGCGUGCGCAAAGUCGCAGCCGAUAUCAACGCGCGCGUCGCCAGGGGUGACAUCCCCCCGAUCCGGGCGCUCGUGCUGGCUGCUGCAUACCAGGAAUACGGCCCGCAGAGCAUUACUAAGGACGGCUUUGACUUGACGUUCCAGAGCACGUACCUCUCACACUUCCUCCUGACGCUCCUGCUGCUGCAGAGCAUGGAUAAGGAGAAGGGGCGGAUAGUUGUGCUGGGGAGCUGGACCCACGACACCACCGACCCCCGGAACAAGAUCGGCCCAGUCGGCCAAGCCUACGCGCCCGUCAAGUUCCACCAGUUAUUCUCGGACCCCGAAGGCAGCACGGAGGCCAUCGCCAAGGGGCGUUGGAGCUUCCUCGCAGAAGACGACGCGGACACCGCCUCGGCGGGCUUCAGACGGUACGGGGUGGCGAAGCUGAGUCAGGUCAUGAUGAUGCGCGAACUCUCCCACCGCCUCCCAACCGACCCCACCCUCUCGCACAUCUCAGUCCUAGCCCUCGACCCCGCGGCCAUGAUGUCGAGCCUCGCGCGCCGCAGCUCCUGGCUAACCCGGGUCCUCGUCCUGCGCAUCGUCGGCCCCGUAAUCGCACCACUCGCCACGUGGCUGAGCCCCAACGGCGGGUUGAGGACGACGUGGAAGUCGGCGGGGGAUGUGGUGAGGGCUUGCUUCGGGACGGAGGAAGAGGUGCUGGGAGUUGGAAAGGGGGGAGGGGUAAGGGAAGGGGGGAGGGGUGUUAAUGGGGUGUACCUGAACGGCUCGGAGGUCGCGGAUGUGGGGCCCGAGGCGAAGGAUGAGGAGAAGGGUCGGAGGCUGUGGAGGGAUGGUGUAGGGUAUGCGGCGGUGCGGGAGGGGGAUACGGUGUUGGUGGAUUGGCGGUAGGUUGGGUAGUUUACCUUGGUAUGGGUAUACGUUGAGUUGUAGGUCUUUCUUGGUGUUCUAAAAUGUGUUUUCUACUUCAU